AACAUCGUCCAAUUUCUCCCAGCAGUCGCAUCCUGCCUGCAGCUCCAUUGCUACCGUUAGCCGGGGCUAAUAAGGGAGUAGCAAGUCGUUUUUUACACAGGGAAUUUCAUUUUCAUGUACCUACAUUAUGUUAUUUAACUAAGCAGUUUGUUUGGGAAAAUGAAUUUGACUUUUUUCCGCGGCGCGGCGUCUUCUGGAAGAGAAAAUUCUCCCUGUAAAGUCAGUGUUUUUUCGCGGCGACCUCGGUAGCCGACCGGGUUUAGCAAGUCAGUUUUGGUAACCGAUAGAUUCAUCUGUCCGCCUCUGCUGCUGCUCUGUCGGGGGACAAAAUCAGUCAGAUGUUGGACGGUGAAAACAUCAUCGGAACUCUAACAUUUUUACACCGAGUUGCGAAGUUGAAUUACCAAGGUGAACAUCUUUCGAGAAAGAGCCAGCAAUAAUAAUAAUAAGAGGAGGAGAGCGAGAGUUUGGAUCUCGCACCGAAGGAAGAGAACCCGGAGAGAAGAAGGGACGCUAGGGGAAGAAAAUCCUGAUGCCCAGUGAUGGCAAACGAGCCGAUUAUCCUAAAUGUCUAUGAUAUGUACUGGAUCAAUGAGUUCACCAGCUCUCUGGGCAUCGGAGUCUUUCACUCAGGGAUUGAGAUCUAUGGAAGAGAGUUUGCCUAUGGCGGACACCCGUACCCAUUCUCAGGGAUCUUUGAGAUUACACCAGGUGAUGCAACUGAGCUUGGCGAGACCUUUAAGUUCAAAGAAGCUAUUGUCCUAGGAAGCACAGACUUCACAGAAGAGGAUGUGGAGCGGAUCGUGGAAGAGAUGGGGAAGGAGUACAAAGGCAACGCCUACCACCUCAUGCACAAGAACUGCAACCACUUCUCCUCAGCACUGUCGGAGAUCCUGUGUGGCAGGGAGAUCCCUCGCUGGGUCAAUCGCCUGGCCUACUUCAGCUCCUGCGUGCCAUUCCUCCAGAGCUGCCUGCCCAAAGAGUGGCUGACCCCAGCUGCCUUACAGUCCAGUGUGAGCCAGGAGCUCCACGGAGGCGAACUGGAGGAGGCAGAGGAUGCCGCCGCCACAGCCUCCCUGGCCUCCAUGUCACCCUGCUCACCUUCUUCGUCCUCCAGCCCAUCCUCCUCCUUGCCUCGUCACUCUCGCCACCAGCCCCGCAGGUAGAGGCUGCAUGGCAUGCUGAGAAACUCUGGGCUGGACUUGUUACAUUGGCAGCCAGGUAACAGAAAACCUGCUGCAGUUGAUGGAUCUAUCUACAGCCAAAGGUCCUGUCAGACUUAUCCUCGCGCAUGGUCGGGUGUCAGCCAAACACUUGAAGAAAUCCUGAGCAGGGAAAUGCUUAUUGCUGACAAAGACGGGAAACCUGUGGUCAUCGCUCUCAUCAAUCUGAGAUUUUAACUUUUUCACAUCGAAUAUGUUUUCAUUAUUUUACCUGCCAAAUUCCUUCAUGUGUUUACCAGCCACAUCCAAACUAUACCAGUGCUUUAUUUAUCAGUGGUGUUGAUCCUCACCAAAAGGGUAUGAUUUAGGUUUGUUAAGGCUUAUGGCUGUGUUAAAAAUGUCAGAGGACUGCUACAAGAAUUAAAAGUGCUGGAUGCUCUGCCUUAUACUUUUAAGUACAGCAGGUCUGUGAGGGGAUUUUAUUGUCUUGAGCGACCUCCCAGUUAUUGGUGGUUUUAAAUGUCCAGGAGCUGAGCGCUGAUAUCAUUUGAUCUGUGGCUGGUAAAUGUUUCCACUGCCGCCUGCUGUGUUUCAGAUCUGGUCUGGGACAGGUGGCUGCUACAAUCUUGAAAGUAACAGGUGGAUUUUGGGAAUUCUUACCCUUUGCCUCAAAUUGCUGGAUCCUCUGCCUUUUAUUUUUUAUUACAGCAGGCUGUAGGUUUGUAAACAGCCUAAACCAGAACUACAAUCAGCUGCAUAGACAAGAACAAACAGAUCCAGAACCACUGUCAAUCCAUAAGACUUUCUUAGCUUCACAGAGACCCCCGCCUUUCUUCUAUGAUGUCAGAUCCUCCCUCCCAUCCUUAAUAACCUCACAUGCUUUGAUUAAAGCAAACUAAUGAAGUGGAUUUACUUAAUAAUUAUGAAGUAGCAACAAGUAUUUCACCACCAAUAAUGUAAAAUGUUUCUAAAUCAUUUCGUAGUUAGGUUCUAGUGAAGGGGGGAUUGAUUUAAGAUGGGAAACAUUUCUUUCUCAGUAGCAGCUGCCAAGGUGCCUUAGAGCACCCACAAGUGUUCUGUUGGUCAACUGUAGAAGACUCCCAGUAGUUUAAAAGCAUAAAGCAAAACGUUUUAUCCGAAAAAAUCGAGGUCCACGCUCACACUUAGGACACAAUGUCAGUCUGCAAUGUAUACAAAUGUGUUUGAAGAAGAAGCGAAGGCAGACGAGCUCUUCUUUAACUGACCUCUCUUCAGCCUGCACUUCUCACAGUCUUUUUCUUCACACUGUGUCCAGUUAGGAGCGACACAACGUGGUGCCGUUUUGAAACAUCGCUGCACAGUUUAGUUAAGUUUGAUUAUCGGAAGGUUAUUGGUGGGGAAAACUUCAUGAUUUACUCAGACAAAUAUAUAUCCUGUUAACAAGGAGACAUAUGCUGCAUAUUGUGUAUUGUCCCAAACAAGAGCCAUGGAUGUUCUGAAAACAUGUUAUGA